AUGUCUCUCAUUUGGCUGAUGCUGUUGUUCUCAGAGAAGCCAAAGAGGUCAGCUCUGAACCAGCUGACCAGGACCCUCCUGAGGAAAUAUGACUGUGGCGUUCGGCCUGUUUACAACUGGACCAGUGCUACCACUGUCUCCGUAGACCUCAUACUGCAGUCUGUCCUUGAUGUGGAUGGAAAGACACAGAGCAUUACUAUAAGUAUUUGGUACAGACAGAUCUGGACUGAUGAGUUCCUGGUUUGGGACCCAGAGGAGUAUGAUGGCAUCAAUGAGAUCUCACUGUCAUCUGAUGCCAUCUGGAUACCUGAUGUUAUCGUCAGUGAAUUCGUGGACGGGGGGAAGUCCCCGCCAAUCCCUUAUGUUUACGUCAACUCCUCUGGCUCGGUGAAGAACUACCGGCCCAUGCAGGUGGUGCUGGCCUGCAGCCUGGAGAUGUACGCAUUUCCAUUUGACAAGCAGAACUGCAGCCUCACCUUCCGCAGCUGGCUUCACUCAGUGAAGGAAAUAGACCUGGCUCUGUGGAGGAGUGCAGAGGCCAUAGCUAAUGAUAAGAGGGAGUUUAUGAAUGACGGAGAAUGGGAGCUGCUGUCCAUUCCUUCACGCUACUGGCAAAUCCACCAAGACAACACUGACUACGCACACAUCCAGUUCAAUGUGUUGAUCCGCCGGCGCCCCCUGCUGUAUGUGGUGGGUCUCCUCAUCCCCAGUAUCUUCCUCAUGUUGGUGGAUGUGAUCAGCUUUUAUCUGCCUCUGAACAGCGGUGUACGCAUCGCCUUUAAGAUCAGCAUACUGCUGGGCUACACUGUCUUCAGAGUCAACAUGACAGAUGAACUGCCCGCUACUGCUGUCAGAACUCCUCUUAUAGGUGUGUUCUUUGUGGUGUGCAUGGCCUUGCUGAUGCUCAGCCUGAUCAAAUCUAUAUUGGUGGUGAAGCUGCUCCACCACAGUGAAAAGGAGGUCAGGCAAAUGUCAGUGUCUGCCUGCCUGCUGGACAAGUACGGCUCAGCUGGUCACGGCUUCAACGAGAGCGCUUUAACCUCCAUCAAAACCCUCGACCACAUCAACCCGUCUGGAGGUCUCUUUGCAAAGAACAGGUGCUACCUGAAGUCAAGAUUUGUUUAUCUUCUCGUAGAUUAUGAGCUUGAGCCCUCACUGGAGGGGGAUCUGCUGUCCCUGAAUGAGAUCCAGGAUGCUCCUUCUGGGCUAGAGUGGCUCCUCCAGGAGCUGGUUUCCCUCCGCUUGGCCUUAUCCCAGGAAGACAAUGAGUCCUCAGCUCAGGCCGACUGGCUAGCUCUCUGCUCAAAGCUCGACUGCUUCCUGUUCCGCCUCUACCUGUUGGUACUGGUCCUGUAUGCCAGUACUCUGCUGCUGCUCUGGGCCAGCUGGAGCUUUGCCUGACCACAUGCUCAGAGACUUAUUGAUUUUUGAAUACUGUACAGUACGUCUUGCUUUACAGUGAUUCUGGAUGUAGAACUUUAAAAGCCUUAAUGUGUUACAAUGCACAGGGUGAAAUGCAGAAUACCCACUGCAGACAGAACUGUGUGUAUUUAAAAUAUACUUCAAAAAGUGGUCAGAUUUAAUAUUCCUUGAAUAAAGGUUUGUAAGAAUUGAAUAAAAUACACUUUAUAUUGUAUAUUGGUGUUGUUCACCAAACAAAUAACUCUGGAUUCUGCUGCUUCACUCUUGAAAUUUUAGGUGAUUUCUAAACCUAAAAUAAAUUCCAUGUUAUCUGAAUCUAGAACUAUCCUUAAAAUAUUCUGUUUGCAUUUUCUCCCCAGGUAUUGCACUGCCACUGUAUAGUAAACAUCAUAGUUUCACAGAGACAUUAUUGUAUUGGGGUCUGUUAUCAUGUUUUCCCCGACAGUGGAGAUUUACUCAAAGAUACUGUAUAAUAAAGCAGCUCUCUGGAGAAAACACCUCAGUGCCAGUCUGAUGUUAUAAUAUUGUAUUCAUACUUUAAUCUCCGUCCCGCUGCCACAAAAUAGAUCAAUACAACCCAUUCAGAGCUCAGCUGCUGUGUCUCUAUUCCCUGUUGGCUUCCUAACAGUCGUGAUAAGAAUAUCAAAAGUACGUCAUAGAAAACUUACCGGUGGAAAGAUCCAUAUUAAUGCAAUUUUCACAGCAUCUGCAAGCCUCUUCUUCCAGUGGAUCCGGUUACAUGAUGUUAUGCAACAGAGCUGUGGAGAAAUGUUUAGUCAGUGCAUUGUUACUGUCUCUAUGAAGUACCCAGUAAUUGUAUGCUCAGCUCAAGCUUUGUGUUUGUGUGAUUGGCAUCUGAAGAUGAUUGUAGUCAUUCUCUGAGCUGCAUAAGAUUGUGUUGUGAAGAUAA